AUGACUUCAGUAGAGACUCUGCCUACCUCCAUAUUUAACUCCACAUUUGUUCGACCUGCAGAGUUUUAUCUUGGUGGGUUUUACAACAUCCCUCAUGUUAAAUAUUACUAUGUAUUCUUGUGCUUUGUGUACAUCAUGACUGUCCUUGGCAAUGGUUUCCUCCUCUCUGUUAUCUACCUGGUAAAGACUCUACAUAGUCCUAAAUAUAUAAUAGUUUUCAACUUGGCUUUCACAGAUCUAUGUGGGAGCACUGCUCUCAUCCCAAAACUCUUGGACACAUUUUUGUUUAACAGAAGAUACAUUGUUUAUGAAGCCUGCUUAGCUUACAUGUUCUUUGUUUUCUUAUUCGGAGGGAUACAGUCAUGGACGCUUGUCACAAUGGCAUAUGACAGAUUAAUAGCAAUUUGCUUCCCAUUAAGGUAUCACAGCAUUAUAACUACAAAAUCUGUUGUUGUAAUCCUGCUGUGUUGUUGGAUGUUUAUGGUUGGCAUCACGGCAACUUUGGCUGGUUUUAUUAAUCGCCUCUCGUUCUGUUCAUCUAUAGAGAUUAAAAGCUUCUUCUGUGAUCAUGGACCAAUAUAUCAGCUGGCCUGUAAUGAUAAAUCUUACAGUUACAUAUUGGCUACUAUUACCCUUAUUGUGGGGGUGUGCAUUCCCCUCAUUCUGAUAUUUAGCUCUUAUGUUUGCAUUGCCAUCGCUUUGUCCAGGACUAUUUCAAGAGAGGAAAGACUCAGAGCUUUAGAAACAUGUACUUCUCACCUGAUUCUUGUUGCCAUAUUUUUUCUUCCAUUUGUGGGCACCAAUGUAGCUGCACUGACUUCCUACAUUCAUCCAAAUGCCAGAAUAAUAAAUUCAAGUUUGACAUUCACAGUUCCCUCGCUGCUCAAUCCUAUUAUUUACUCUUUGAAGACAGAAGAAGUGAGGAAUGCCAUUAAGAAACUUUGCAGAAGAGCUAAAAUGAGGUGUACACUAGAAGGAAACAAACGCACCCAG